CCCUCACACAUCCCGUCCCAGGAGGGAAGGCUCAGUAUAAAUACCAGCUGGCUCUCCCCAGCCAGCAGAACCAGCAGGCUGCUCAACCUGAAACCACCACCAUGAAGCUUCUCACAGGCCUCCUGGUCUGCUCUCUGGUCCUCGGAGUCAGCAGUGAUGGCUGGCUUACCUUCAUCCCCGAGGCUGCUCAAGGGGCUUGGGACAUGUUGAGAGCUUACAGGGACAUGAGAGAAGCCAAUUACAUUGGUGCAGACAAAUACUUCCAUGCUCGAGGGAACUAUGAUGCCGCACAAAGGGGGCCUGGUGGGGCCUGGGCUGCAAAAGUGAUAAGCAAUGCCAGAGAGAUGGUGAAUGGAGCCAGUGGCCACGGAAAAGAGGACUCGGAUGCCGACCAGGCUGCCAAUGCAUGGGGGCGGAGCGGCAAAGACCCCAACCACUUCCGACCUGCUGGCUUGCCUGACAAAUACUGAGCUUCCUCUUCCAUUGCUUCAGAGAGCAGGGACACAGCAUUAUAAGGGUCUAUGACCCCAGCAACUAGGUACCCUAGCACCUGCCACAUCGCAAGUGCCCAAUAAAUGCUGAAGAAAUGGAAUCCA